AUGCCCCCUUUUGAAAUCAAUGCCGAUAGGGAUCACCGGGACCCGGAUGAUGAUGCUCUUGUUAUGGUGCCCCUGAAUUACUUCAACCACGCAGUAUACGAGCAACCGCCUGGCUACCGAGCAUGGGCGUUGCAAGAGCGCGUUAUGGCCACGCGCGUGGUCAGCUUUGGCCUGGGCGAGCUCUUUUGGGACUGUGCUCAGCUUCCCAAUGCAAUGGCCCUGUCGGCCAUCGCACAUGAUAUCGGAAAAGCUAUGAACGAUGUUUACAUUGCUGGCCAUUUCUGGAAGACUUUACCCGGAAGUCUCAAUUGGGUCUUGACGGAUUCGCCACCGCCGCGCUCGGAUCCAGAGAAGGCGACAAGAUUGUUCUGGUCAGAGAAACCAGGCGCUGAAGACGACGGACCGCGCACGCCUAGUUGGAGCUGGGCAUCCAUGGAUAGUCCUGUAUUUGGCUGUAGGGGAGGUCUGCCCUUGCCACAGUUGGCGGAUGCAGUGUCUUACACACUUGAGCUGGCCAACGAUGCCAACCCUACUGGUACUUGCACCUCCGCCAGCAUAUCUAUCAGGGCUUACUGCGCCGAAAUUGAAUGGCAAAGUCAAAACGAGCCCGCCAUGCUGGCUCGCACGGAAGCGUGGGCUUGCGAGGACUUUGACCUCGACCUUGAUGAAACCGAAGUCAUACGUGUGGAGGGGUCUCAGAGUCUAAUUGUAGCUCUAAGUGAGGAUGAGGAGCGGCAAGAAUGGGCGGGUUUGGUAGUAGAGAGGGUACCCCACGAAGGGAGGAUCGCGUACAGACGGAUCGACCACUUCAGCAUCUCUGGCGAGGAUGUUGGAGGGUCAACCUGGUGGGAUGAACGCAUUUCCAUUUUCGGGGGAGAGAAGAGGCUUUUGGAGUUGGUGUAA